AUGUUUUUAAUAAUCAAUAAGUGAAAAGGUCAAGUAGUUGAGAAUUUAUUGUUUAUUUAUUAUUUAUAGACAUGCAAAUAAGAUAUCAAAUAUCCUGAAGCCUCGUACAGCUACAAUUUUAAAGCCAGAACAGUUUCCAUCAUUAUCGUACCAUAUAAAUCGUUUAAUUAAACUAUCAUCAAUGACAAACUUUUCAGUUUGUUCUCGUUCCUUAGGAAAAUGCUAUGUUUGCAAAAAAAAACAAUCAUGCUCUUGUUUGCUUCAAUUUUCAUUUCAAACAAGGAAUGAUCUAAAUAUUCCCAUAAACGAUAUAAAAUGGCAAUAUGAAAAACAUCAAAUAUAUGAUUAUUUAACAAUGCACAUGUUACAAAUACGACAUGUCUAUGACAUUUAUGCAAAAUUAUUUAACAAGGAAGAAUCUAAUUGUAAGUGUCAUUUCGUUAUGAUUAAACUGACACUUUGGCAAUUAUGGCGUGAUUGUAACAUAAAUAUCAAAGGUUUCAGUCUAAUUGAAAUUGAUAAUUAUUUAGCUGAAAAUGAAUCAAGUUUUAUAAAAAAGCCAUAUUACCCAUUCGAACAAAUUGAAAUCUGGCAAUUUCUGCAUGCUUUGCUUGAAGUUUCAUGGCGUAUUUAUUACUGGCAAAAUAAUCAAAUAAAAGUGAAAAUAAAAAAACAGUGGGAACAUGGAGUGUUAGCUAAAUGUCUAAAUGAAUUUCUCACACAUGAUGUGUAUCCCAAUGUUGGAAAUUUUAUUGGUGUGAUUCCACGUGAAUAUAAUAUUUUUGUACCAAUUAAUCCUAUAUAUAAACUUUACAAAAAAAUAGGAUAUCCACCAACUGCAAUAGAUCUGUUAAUAGCAAGUAUUAAAAAUCGUAAAAUAGGUACUAAUAUAUCUUCAAUAGCCCAAACUACUUUAAUUAAGCCAGAAUACAUUUUUAAUGGAUUGAAUUGUGUUAUAAUUGGCGAAAGAAUUCAUUUUUUUUCAAGAGGUGAUAAACCUUUUAUGCAAACUAAUCAUAAAAUGCAGAGAAUUGAAAAAUGGCAGAGUAAUAAUACAAGAGAAUUAUUCAGUUUCCAAGAACUAGGACCAACUAAAAUAAUACAGAUUAUGACAAGAGUCUGUCCUUUAAUCAAGGAUAAUGAUCAUCAAACAAUUCUUAACAUGAAUUAUUUAUUAACAUUUCUUGAAUUUUAUGAAAUCAUAUUGCAAGCUGCGAAGUGUAUAGUAAAGUCUAGAAAGAAUAAAAAUGUUUUGGCAUAAAAAGGGUAGAUUCCUUUGCACUAUUUAUUAUCAGUCAAUGUAUAAUAAUGUUUUCAAUUACCGAGUACAAUGCUUGUUAAUACAUUUUAUACAUGCUAAGAAUUGCUUAUUAAAAUGUAUAUUCCAUAUUAUGUUUAACUUUGUAAUUAUAUUAAACUUUUAAUUUCUUUAUAUAUUUAUAUGUCUGGUUUCUACGGCAUUCUACGGUAUUCUCCGCAUAGACAAAAGAAUGUACUUUAAUUGAAUAUUAGAGUCAUUAAAAUCUAUUCACUUUUAAUAUAAAAAAUAUUUACCGAAACUUUUCAAAGAAAUGGCAAAUUUGUACCAUUUACAGCAUUGCCUUUCUUUGACAUUUUAUGAACAUUUGCAGAUUUAUUUAUACCUCAAAAAGGUAUUCUACGCGUAGACAAAAGAGUGUACUUUAAUUUAAUAGUAAAGUCAAUUAAAUUUAUUAAUUCUAAGUAAAAAAUUUUUGACGCGAAUGUUUCAAAGAAAUUGCAAAGCCGCAUAAUUUAAAUCAUUGCAUUUUCUGACAUUUUUGAAACACUUCUAUAUUGAUUAUAUAUAUAUCCCGAAGAAACAUACCACAUUAUUAUACAUUGGGCGGCAUUAAAUAAUUUAAAAUGUACUUGUUGUUUAAUUCAACGAAUUGAUACAUAAAUUUUCUUUUAAUUAAUA